UUGCGUCGGUUCGGAACGUGUGUACAUACUUCUCCAACCCUUUCUGCUCUUACUUUCAUCCACCUCUACCCAGUUCCUGUCGCCUGCAUCACCUAGUAGACGACGUCUUUCCGAGGAGUACAGAAGUGUGCGGAUUAAUACAUACGACGCAAGCCCGUAGACGCACCACCUUCAAGCUCCCACAACAGCAGGUCCAAAGUCGACUUGAACGAUUGUACAAAUCUUUCUUGUCUCACCAAGGUUGAACUCCACAGGCCUCUACCCACUCAGGCAUCGCUUUAUUAUAUUUCACGAUGAAUUACGUCCAGCUUGAGAAACUUGGUGAAGGUACUUAUGCCACUGUGUACAAGGGUCGAUCGAGAACGACUUCAGAAAUCGUGGCGCUCAAGGAGAUCCAUCUGGAUGCGGAAGAGGGGACACCGAGUACUGCUAUUCGAGAGAUCAGUCUUAUGAAGGAGCUUAAGCACGUAAACAUUGUCCGCCUGCACGAUGUUGUUCACACCGAAUCUAAGCUUGUCCUCAUCUUCGAGUACUGUGAACAGGAUUUGAAGAGAUAUAUGGAUAUCCACGGUGAUCGCGGUGCUCUGGACCUUAACACCGUCAAGAGCUUUACGCACCAGCUUCUUCAGGGUAUCGCAUUUUGCCAUGAUCAUCGUGUCUUACAUCGAGACCUCAAACCACAAAACCUGUUGAUCAACAAACGAGGAGAAUUGAAGAUUGGUGAUUUUGGUUUGGCAAGGGCGUUUGGUGUGCCAGUGAACACGUUCAGUAAUGAAGUUGUGACUCUUUGGUACCGUGCACCGGAUGUUUUGCUCGGGUCAAGGACGUAUAGCACAAGUAUUGACAUAUGGAGUGUCGGAUGCAUAUUCGCAGAGAUGAUCACAGGAUACCCUCUCUUUAGAGGAAGAGAUAAUGCCGAUCAACUGGUGCAGAUCAUGAAGAUCGUCGGCACACCAAGCGAUGCCACCAUUGCUCAGAUCAAGUUGAACUCUCCUGAGAUUCAAAUCAAGUCUCCUUUGGCUAAACAUGCCAAACAGCCGUUCCAGGCAAUUAUUCCCCGAGCGCCUAGAGAUGCCAUCAGCCUCCUUGAACAUCUUCUUCAAUUCGAGCCCACUCGACGGUAUGACGCCCACCAAGCUAUGGCUCACCAAUAUUUCACCUCUGGCCCUAUCGCCCCUCCCACAUUGCAUGAGAACAACCCAGCUGUUUCAUCCGCUUCAUCUCUUGCCCUUCCUCCAAGGGUGGCUGCGCGAGCCAGCCAGGCUUCCGCUGCUGUGCAAGCUCAGCAAGCUGCUCAAGCUCAAGCGCAGGCGCAAGCCCAAGCUCAAGCUCAAGCCCAGGCGGCGCAGAAUGCCCAGAUGAUGGCUCAGCAACAGCAACAGCAACAGCAGCAGCAGCAGCAGCAGCAGCAGUAUGAGAUGAUGAUGGGACAGCAGAAUAUGCAGGGGUAUUACGACCCUCAAGCGGCCGCACAGAUGCAAGCCCAUCAGCAGGCGCAAGCGCAAGCGCAUGCAGCCCAGAUGCAGCAAAUGGCUCAACAAGGGUAUUACAUGAAUCCCAAUGGACAGCAUGGGCAUCACCAUUAAUCACUGUCUGUUGAAUCAUUCUGAUCAGAACAGUGGAAGGACAACUAGAAUAAUAAGGUGCAUGAAGGAUUGUACAUGAAAGCGAAAGAUAGAUAACAUUUGGAAAUGGGUAAUGAGCAGCAACGGAUACUGAACUUGAGAAUACCGUACAAUAAGAGACUAUGUUGCAAAUACCUUUUGUUAUGCAUGAACAAAUAUACUUCGAC